AUGAGCUCUCUGGCUUCAAUAUUCAGCGCUUUAGACUUGCGGCAGUCACCUGGCUCGUCCAGGAUAACCAGCCUCUCUCCACCUUCGAGUCACCAGCUUUUCGAGAUCUUAUCGCAGCAGCGAACCCUCGAGCAGAGUCAGCGCUAUGGACAUCUCACAACAGCGUCUCAUGUUACGUCAUGCGUCUAUAUGACUACUUACAGCCGCGGGUUGUCCAGGAGCUAUCGCGGGCACAAAGUAAGAUACAUAUCAGUUUUGAUAGCUGGACAACAAAGGGUGGCAAGCGUGGCUUCUUAG